GCAACUCAAAUCUGCACUCGAUUUACGUUGGGGAGUGACGGAUGUAUUAAGAGUAGCAGUGACCGGAAAAGGCUUCUUUAUUAAAUCUAAAAACCAUGGCCCAGGACAUAACUCUUCUGUGGGGCUCCGGCUCUCCUCCCUGCUGGAGAGUGCAGAUCGCUCUGGAAGAGAAGAACCUGCAGGGCUACAACCAAAAACUGCUCUCCUUUGAGAAAAUGGAGCACAAGUCCCAAGACGUGUUAGAUAUAAAUGCCAGGGGACAGCUUCCAUCUUUCAAACAUGGAGACGUCAUCGUUAAUGAAUCCUAUGCAGCCUGCUUUUACCUGGAGAGUCAGUUUAAGUCUGAAGGAAACAAACUGAUCCCAGAAAGCCCGGCGGAACAAGCACUGAUGUACCAACGCAUGUUUGAGGGUCUCACCUUCUACGAAAAACUCAAGGCAUGACUCAGCUCUAAAGAGAAACAGGGAAGCACUGGCCACUGAACUCAACCUCUGGGAGGGUUACCUGCAGAAGCUGGGCCCUGGCUCUCACCUUGCAGGACCCUUCUUCUCUCUGGCAGAUGUGACUGUUUUUCCGACUGUUGCUACUCUUUUCAGAUUUGGGCUGUCUGCUGAGCGUUACCCUAACCUUGGAGAGUAUUAUGCUCUGUUGAAAGAGCGGCCCAGCAUCAAAGCCAGCUGGCCUCCUCACUGGCUGGAGAAUCCCAAGGGACAAGACACAUUAAAAGACAUUUGAGAUCCACACACACACUUUACAUCUAGUUUGCUACAAUGCUUUUUCCCCUUUUAUUUAACAUGGUUUCAGUUCACACUUUAAUAAACCUCCUUUUAGUUCUCCUAACAAAAAAAAGAAAAUGUUGAGUUUGCCACUAUGUUCUAGAUAUUUUAGUGUUACAAGGCCAGUCAGAUGCUUCUUAUUAGCAUUUUUAGUUAGUUUAAAUGUUUUUGUCAAUCAUGCGCCUGUCAAAUCUUGGACAAAGACCAGUUGAUAAACAGGUUAUAAUAAACUGAAAGAUGUUUGCAGGGCAAAAGGACGCAGGCAGAAUGUUCCAUUGUGAUAUUGUAUGAAGCAGCUUUUGUUGCUGAGAUACAUUGUGUGUGAUAUGAAUGUCUGUUGACUAGCAAUGGAACAUAAGUUUCAUUCAGUCUUCCUAUGAAGUCAGUUGUUUCUUGUACUAAAAACAAAACCUCCAAUCCAGCAAACAUGUCUUGUAGGUUCUCUUUUUACACACUGCAUUGUAAACCAGUAUGUUGGCAAUACAAUUUUACUGUAUUUUAGCAUAGGCCAAAUAAAACCCAAGGUGUCAUUGACUGAGAAUAAAACGUGUAUUUAAGUUGGCUUACUGUUACUGGACACAACAUUGCAUGAACCCCAAUGUUCAGGUCAAGUCUAGAUUUCUAAUCAGUCUCAAU